UGCGGAAGAAGGUCUUACAGCGCGAAGGAGAGGCGAAAUGGCUCGCACCAAGCAAACCGCUCGGAAGUCUACCGGUGGCAAGGCCCCUCGCAAGCAGCUGGCCACCAAGGCUGCCCGGAAAAGCGCUCCUGCUACCGGAGGAGUGAAGAAGCCCCACCGCUACCGCCCCGGGACCGUCGCCUUGAGAGAGAUCCGGCGCUACCAGAAGUCUACCGAACUCCUGAUCCGCAAGCUGCCUUUCCAGCGCCUGGUGCGGGAGAUCGCCCAGGAUUUCAAGACCGACCUGCGCUUCCAGAGCUCGGCCGUCAUGGCCUUGCAGGAGGCCAGCGAGGCUUAUCUGGUGGGGCUCUUCGAGGACACCAACCUCUGCGCCAUCCACGCCAAAAGGGUCACCAUCAUGCCCAAGGACAUCCAGCUGGCCAGGCGCAUCCGCGGCGAGAGGGCAUAAAAGGAGAACGACCACCCUGUGAAACCAAAAGGCUCUUUUAAGAGCCACCACUUGCUCCCAAAAAAAGCUGGAACCCAAAAUAUUGUAGUUGGCUUAAACGGUGCAGGAGGUGAAGCGAUGGGGGUGAGAUUCGCA